CGAAUUCGAAGCGGCGAAGCAGAGCUCAGCGGAGGGAGAGAGAAUGGCGUCGUCGUCGACGAGAGGGGAGAUGGAGAAGAUGGGAGCAGAGCAGCUGAAAGCGUUGAAGGAGCAAGCGGAUCUCGAAGUCAAUCUCCUUCAGGACAGCCUCAACAAUAUCCGCACUGCCACAUCCCGCCUCGACUCUGCCUCCGCUGCGCUUCACGAUCUCUCUCUUCGUCCCCAAGGGAAGAAGAUGCUGAUGCCUCUCACGGCCUCUCUCUACGUACCUGGCACGCUUGAUGAUGCCGGUAAGGUUCUCGUCGAUAUCGGAACUGGCUACUUCGUCGAGAAAACAAUGGUCGAAGGAAAAGAUUAUUGUGAGAGAAAGAUCAACUUGCUGAAAUCAAACUUUGAUCAACUUCUCGAGGUCGCAACGACAAAGAAAAGCUUGGCAGAUGAAGCAGGGAUGAUAUUGCAGGCAAAACUGAAGCAACUAUCUGCUCCCACUUCGUAGAUUUUUCUUCUUCUUCUUCUCUGUUUUGAAAGUAAGCUUGAGGUACAAAAAAGUUUUUUUUUCAGCUUCUGUUUGGUAAUUGGUAAUGAUUCUGAGCACAGUGGAUUUAUGCCCCUUGUAGAGGUUUAUGGUUUUUCUUCUGUUUCAUGGAAUACAAAUUCAUUACCA